CCGGGAUAAAUGGCUGGGAGCAAAGGGGAAGCAAGCGCUGAGCUCCUGGCACGGGCAGCUGCAGGGAGCAGGAGGGGGGCUUCGAGAGGCCGGAGCGAGCGCAGGAAGGGGACUCCCACGUCCAGAGCGGAGGGCAGGGAAAGGGUCUGCGCUGAGGGGCUGGGACUGGUGCACAAACUUCUCGCAGAGUUUGCAGGCGCAGCCUCCAGCGCGCCCCGGCUCCUGCUCAGCUGCCCGGGCAAAUCCGGCGCGUCUCCCGGCUCUGCGAGGCGGGGAAGAGACGCGGGCGGGCGGCGGACCGAACUCGGCUGUGGCUGGGUGGCUGCAGCCUGGACCUUGGUGUCCGAAAGGCCGGGAGAGCCAACAGACCUGGAAGAAAGAUUUUGUCCUGGAAUUAACCCUGGGGAGUCUUGAGGUCAUUCAUCAUGAAGUGUGUAGCACAGGAAUGGCUCAGAGUAACUGCCUUGCUAUUCAUAGCUCAAACAGUUUCUGCAAUGGUUCUUCCCAAUGGUACACUAUUAGAGGAACUUUUGGAAAAGUACAUGGACGAGGAUGGUGAGUGGUGGAUCGCCAAGCAAAGAGGGAAAAGGGCUAUCACAGACAGUGAUAUGCAAAGUAUCUUGGAUCUUCAUAAUAAAUUACGGAGUCAGGUGUAUCCACCAGCUUCCAAUAUGGAAUAUAUGGUGUGGGAUGUAGAGCUGGAGAGAUCUGCAGAAUCCUGGGCUGAAACUUGUCUGUGGGAACAUGGACCUGCAAGCCUUCUUCCAUCAAUUGGGCAGAAUUUGGGGGCACAUUGGGGAAGAUACAGACCUCCAACAUUUCAUGUCCAAGCAUGGUAUGAUGAAGUGAGAGACUUUACCUACCCUUAUCCUCAGGAAUGCAAUCCCUAUUGUCCUUACAGAUGUUCUGGUCCUGUUUGCACUCAUUAUACACAGGUGGUAUGGGCGACAAGUAGCAGGAUAGGUUGUGCUAUUAACUUGUGUCAUAAUAUGAACAUCUGGGGACAGAUCUGGCCAAAAGCAGUCUAUUUAGUGUGCAAUUAUUCUCCCAAGGGCAACUGGUGGGGUCAUGCUCCUUACAAACAUGGCCGCCCUUGUUCUGCAUGUCCACCUAGUUUUGGAGGAGGCUGCAGAGAAAAUCUUUGCUACAGGGAGGGUUCAGACAGGCAUUACUCCCCUCAUGAGCCAGAGGAGGAAACCAACGAGAUUGAACGGCAGCAAUCCAAAGCACAGGAUAGAACAUCACAGAGUCGAUCCAGGACCCAUUCACCUGCAGGCUCUACAAGGAGCGAUGAUAGUGAGAGAAAUGAAGUAAUAAGCACACAACAAAUGUCUCAGAUUGUUUCUUGUGAAGUAAGGCUAAGAGACCAGUGCAAAGGGACAACUUGCAAUAGGUAUGAAUGUCCUGCUGGCUGCUUGGAUAGUAAGGGCAAAGUGAUUGGAAGUGUUCAUUAUGAAAUGCAAUCCAGCAUUUGUAGAGCUGCCAUACAUUAUGGUAUUCUAGACAACGAUGGUGGUUGGGUUGAUAUCACUAGGCAAGGAAGGAAAAACUAUUUCAUCAAAUCUUAUAGAAAUGGCAUUCAGUCAAUUGGCAAAUAUCAGUCUGCUAAUUCCUUCACAGUCUCCAAAGUAACAGUUCAAGCGAUCACCUGUGAAACAACAGUGGAACAGCUAUGCCCAUUUCAAAAACCAGCCUCACAUUGCCCCAGAGUGUAUUGUCCUCGCAACUGUAUGCAGGCAAACCCACACUAUGCUCGUGUAAUUGGAACUCAAAUUUAUUCUGAUGUGUCUAGUAUCUGCCGGGCAGCAGUACAUGCUGGAGUAGUUCGCAACCAAGGAGGCUAUGUUGAUGUUAUGCCAGUAGAUAAAAGGAAGGUGUACAUCGCCUCCUUUCAAAAUGGAAUAUUUUCAGAAAGUUUACAGAAUCCUCCAGGGCAAGGCUUUCAGAAUAUUUGCCGUUGUCUGAGUCCAGUUACUAAAGAGAAAAAGAAAACAAAAUAAACUGCAACCAGAGCACUUGGAAGAGGAUAAUAAAGAUCACUUAGUAUACUUCCUAAAGUUUGUGUAAAGCUGUAACAUUAUU